AUGCCAACAAAUGGCUCUUUUGAAAAGAUGAGUCGACCAGCAACUGCGUUUCAAAAAGUAUUAGACAAAGUUGGAUCGGUUUUCAGCUCAACCGAAACUUCACGACUGCAACACGAAAGCCAACUUGACGAUAAGGCGGCAAACUUAUUUAGUGUUUCUUCACAGAAAUUAUAUCUGAAACUAAGUAAAAUGUUGAAAAUAGAGAGCAGGUCCAAAAAUUUAAAGAUGGAAUUGUGUAAUGACUUUAGUGCUUGGGGACAAUCUAUACCAAACCUAGAGAGUUCGGCGUUCGUAAAAGAAUUCAGUGCUUUAUUAAAUACACAAAUAAACAAUCAAACAAUCUUACAAGAGAAAAUGGAGAGACUUAAACUAAGUUUGUCUUUUGUUAAUGAAAGAGAAAAAAAGCAGAAAGGGUUAAUAACAGCAAAAGUCAAAUUAGAGAAACAAUUAAAAGAGGCUAAGGCUAAAUUUGGACCAAAUGCAUCAAACACCAUACUAUUGAAUGAAAAAGCAGAAGAAGUCGAUUGCAACUUGCAGGUUGUAGAGCAGCAAUAUAUACGGUCGAUCACCAACGACUUAAAAGAUGCUUUAAUUGAUUAUGCAUAUUCCAUGAGCGCUUCUGCCAGGAAAGCCGAAGAUUCAAGUAGCAAUUUUAUCCAAUACAUGACUGGGAUGGAAAAUGAUAUGGUUGCUGGAAGUAUAGAAAAUGACUUUGUCAGGUUUUCGCCCAACAAAUACUCAAAGUUGCAAAAGCGAAAAGAACUCAAGUACCCACUGCCAAGUUUACUUGAUGGAGGCAUUGUCGGUUCUGGAGUUCAGCAACCUAAACUGAAGAACUACAACUUACCAACACCCCAAUCGCCAUGUCCUGAAUGUAAAAAAAUGUCACCAUGCAUACAUUCUGAAGGAGCAAAAGUCAUACAACCUUCACAAAGGGAAAUUAAUCAUCAACAAGUGCACCAGCAGACUCAGUUACGCACGUUUUCCCAACCAAAUCGAAACUUUUCCGUGAACUUACAACAUCCAUCUGAUGACAGUCUUGGAAAUGAAGUGCCACUUUUCACUACAAAUCGAGAAAACUCAAUGCCGUUCAGCGACCAUUGGAGUUGA